ACAAAUCGAAAUGGCGAAUCGUGGUGCUAAUCGUCGUACUCAACCCGUGGAUAAUACCAUUUCCUACGUCCAGUGCGAUGGCCUGGCGGCGAUGAAAAUGGUAAAACAUUGCCAUGAGGAAUCGCUGAACAACAUGGAGGUGGCCCAGGGUGCCCUCCUCGGGCUGGUGGUAGACGAUCGGCUGGAAAUUACCAACUGCUUCCCGUUCCCGAAGUCGGACGAGACGAUCGACGAGGAAGAGUACCAGCUGAACAUGAUGCGCCGCCUGCGGCACGUAAACGUGGACCACUUCCACGUCGGCUGGUACCAGAGUGCGGACGUGGGCAACUUUCUGUCCAACACGCUGCUGGAAUCGCAGUACCACUACCAGACCAGUAUCGAGGAGUCGGUCGUCGUGGUGUACGACACGCAGAAGUCGGCCCGUGGCUUCCUGACGCUGAAGGCGUACCGCUUGACACCGCAGGCGAUCGCGAUGUACAAGGAGCGCGAUUUCACUCCGGAAGCGCUACGCAACCUGAAGGUGGGUUACGAAAACCUGUUCAUUGAGAUUCCGAUCGUGGUCAAGAACUCGGCGCUCUGCAACAUCAUGAUGUCGGAGCUGACGGAGCAGGUGCCGGAGGAGGAAGGCACCCACUUCCUCGACCUCGGUACCGCGUCCGUGCUCGAGAACCAUCUGCGCUGCAUGAUGGAGCGUGUCGACGAGCUGAACCACGAGGCGACCAAAUUCAACAAGUACCAGCAGGCUGCGAUCCGGCAGGAGCAGGAAAAACACCGGAUGUUGGCCAAAAAUGCUCAGGAGAAUGCGGCCCGCAUUGCCAAGGGUGAAACGCCCGUGCCGGAGGAAGAAGUUAACAAACUGUUCCGUCCGAUUCCUGUACCGACGCGGCUGAACCCGAUGAUCGUCUCAGGACAGAUCAACACGUACGCCCAGCACAUUUCUCAGUUCUGUUCGCAAUCGCUAGCUAAGCUGUACAUGACUCAAGCGCUGCAGAAUGCAAAGGAAAACAAACAGUAGACGCGCAAAACCGUGUUCGAAAAGACGAAUCGUUGUGAGCAUAUUCUACGAUUUUCAAACCACAAUUCCAGUCGUUUCGUGUUUGUGCUGAGUGACCGUAACGAAGGGCCGUAAAGUGAAGUGGAAAGGGCAGUAAAAGGGACUUUCGAGAAGGAUAACUUAAUUAAUAAAAUGUGCCACCCUUUCAUGACAUUUUGUCGUGGACGAGUCGGACGCAGCC